AUGGACCAAAGGGAAAUUCUGCACAAGUUCCUGGAGGAGGCCCAAAACAAGAAAACUAACAAAGAGUUUGCUGAUGAAUUUCUGAAGCUGAAAAGACAAUCCACCAAGUACAAGGCAGACAAAACCUAUCCCACAACUGUGGCUGAGAUGCCCACGAAUAUCAAGAAAAACAGAUAUAAGGAUAUCUUGCCCUAUGAUCAUAGCCGAGUAGAGCUGUCCCUGAUAACCUCAGAUGAAGAUUCCAAUUACAUCAAUGCCAACUUCAUUAAGGGAGUUUAUGGACCCAAGGGUUAUAUUGCCACCCAGGGACCCUUGUCUACAACUGUCUUGGACUUCUGGAGGAUGAUCUGGGAAUAUAGCGUCCUGAUCAUUGUUAUGGCAUGCAUGGAGUUUGAGAUGGGGAAGAAAAAGUGUGAGUGUUACUGGACUGAGCCAGGAGAGCUACCGCGGCAAGUUGGCCCUUUCUCCAUAUCCUGUGAAGCUGAAAAUAGAAAAUCUGAUUACAUAACCAGGACUCUAAAAGCUAAGUUCAAUAGUGAAACUCGAACUAUCUACCAGUUUCAUUACAAGAAUUGGCCAGACCAUGAUGUGCCUUCAUCCAUAGACCCUAUUCUUGAGCUCAUCUGGGAUGUGCGUUCUUACCAAGAGGACGACAGUGUUCCCAUAUGCGUUCACUGCAGUGCCGGCUGUGGAAGGACUGGUGUUAUCUGUGCUAUUGAUUAUACCUGGAUGUUGCUAAAAGAUGGGAUACUUCCUGAGAACUUCAGUGUUUUUAGUUUGAUCCAGGAAAUGCGAACACAAAGGCCUUCAUUUGUUCAAACUCAGGAACAGUAUGAACUGGUCUACAAGGCUGUAUUAGAACUUUUUAAGAGACAGAUGGAUGUUAUUAGGGAUCAACACUCGGGAACAGAGAUUCAAGCACAGUAUUCAGUUCUUGAGCAAAAUCCCACUCUAGAAACAGAGUCUGAUUCUCCUAAUUUACCAAAAAGUGGCAUAAGAGAAGCAAAUCGGAUGAAGCAACAGAACAAACCAAGGCUAAGGGUGAAAAGUGCACAAGCUUCUUCCUUUGACCUCAGGACUUCUUUCAUAAGUGAAAAGGAAGGGUUAGUUUUGCACCCUACUGAACAGAGCAGUGCUUUUGACUUUUUGGAGCUAAAUUGUAGUUGUAACAAAAAUGCUGAUACAACCACGAAUUGGGAGACAAAGGCGUUUGCAAUAGCUGGGGAGUCUCUUCAGAAGCAUCAAAGUUUAGACUGGAGCGCCAUUUUGUUUGGAGUGUGUCCAAAUUCUAAAUCUGCUGAUGUAGCAGGAAGGUAUUUUAAUUCAAAGGGGCCAAUAAUGCGGACCAAAUCAACUCCCUUUGAGCUGAUACAACAGAGAGACACCAAAGAGCUGGACAUCAAGGAAAAUGUUUCUUGUUUGGAACCUCAACCCCACAACUCUUGUCUUGAGCAGGCUCAAAGAGCAAGGCAUGUUUCUUCAGCAGAACUCAAUGAUUCACUGCCAUCUGGCUCUCAGCCCCAAAUGUGCAAGGCCCCUGAUGCAAAGAGGCAGGACUCUCAGGCUCUUAAUGCAUAUUCUUACAUGUCUUUAGAAGAUCCUUAUUUCUUAUCAUUGUCUCCAAGUAGUGCUGGUUCUAAGAUGUCUCUUGAUUUACCUGAGAAGCCAGAUGGAAAUGUUUUACCUUGUUCCCCAUUGCCAGCAUCUUCUACAACCCUCUUUUCUUGUUACAAUUCACGUGAUUCUUUAGCAUUGAGUCCUCCAACUGAUUACCCCCAACGGAACCCAGAGACAGAGGUAGUAGCAACUUCUCCAAGGAUAGAUGAUGAAGUCCCCCCUCCACUUCCUGAACGGACACCUGAAUCUUUUAUUGUGCUGGAGGAAGAUGGAGAAUUCCCACUGAAUGUUCCCAAAUCCUUAUCUUCAGCUGUGGAGGCAAAAGUUGGAGCAUCACUAGAAUGGAGUGGAACAUCUGAGUCAAAGACAUCUGAUGACACUGUGAGACUCAGACCAACUAAGAGUGUAAAACUCCGGAGUCCCAAAUCAGAUCUACAUCAAGAUCGUUCUUCUCCCUCGCCACCUCCACUCCCAGAAAGAACCCUGGAGUCCUUCCUUCUUGCUGAUGAGGAUUGUAUGCAGGCUCAGCCUAUAGAGACUUAUUCUACUAGUUGUCCUAAUACCAUGGAAAAUUCAACAUCUUCAAAACAGACAUUGAAGACUCCUGGAAAAGGUUUCACAAGGACUAAGAGCUUGAAAAUUUUGAGAAAUGUGAAGAAGAGUAUCUGUAGUUCUUCCCCAAACAAGUCUGCAGACGCCGUUCAGUCAAAUUGCUCCAGCUCCUUUCUGAAUUUUGGUUUUGCAAAUCGUUUUUCAAAACCCAAAGGACCAAGGAAACCACCACCAACUUGGAAUAUUUAACACAACUUUGGAAUAUAGGCUGCAAGUGCAUCUGCAAAUAAGAAUACUAGAAUACUAUUAGCUAAAAUAAGGUUUCCAUGUUCAUAAUUUCAACAAUGAAGACACUGUAAUGUGUUAACAGCAAUAUUAGAAAAGAAUAUUCAAGUAAG